AUGAACAACUCAAACAACUCUAUCCUCCUAGAAGAACAGCUCAUCAAGAAAUCCCAACAAAAGAGAAGAACUUCUCCUUCAAACUUUAAAGUCCGCUUCUUUGUUUUAACCAAAACCAGCUUGGCGUAUUUUGAGGACCGUCAUGGGAAAAAGCGCACCUUGAAGGGCUCUAUUGAACUCUCCAGAAUCAAAUGCGUCGAGAUUGUAAAAAGCGACAUUAGCAUCCCUUGCCACUAUAAGUAUCCUUUUCAGGUUGUGCAUGACAACUACCUCCUGUAUGUGUUUGCUCCAGACCGCGAGAGCCGGCAACGCUGGGUGUUGGCCCUUAAAGAAGAAACGAGGAAUAAUAACAGUUUGGUGUCCAAGUAUCAUCCUAACUUCUGGAUGGAUGGGAGGUGGAGGUGCUGUGCUCAGCUGGAGAAGCUUGCAGUGGGCUGUGCCCAGUACGAUCCAACCAAGAAUGCUUCAAAGAAGCCUCUUCCUCCUACUCCUGAAGACAACAGGCGAUCACUUCAGGAGCAUGAAGAAACCCUGGUCAUUGCCUUGUAUGACUACCAAACAAAUGAUCCUCAGGAACUCACGCUACAGCGCAAUGACGAGUACUACCUGCUGGACAGCUCUGAGAUUCACUGGUGGAGAGUUCAAGACAAGAAUGGACAUGAAGGAUAUGUACCCAGCAGCUAUCUCGUGGAAAAAUCUGCAAAUAGCCUGGAAACCUACGAGUGGUACAAUAAGAGUAUCAGCCGAGACAAAGCUGAAAAACUUCUUUUGGACACAGGCAAAGAAGGAGCCUUCAUGGUACGGGAUUCCAGGACUCCAGGCACGUACACCCUAUCUGUCUUCACUAAGGCCAUCGUAAGUGAGAGCAACCCCUGCAUAAAGCACUAUCACAUCAAAGAAACGAAUGACAACCCCAAGCGGUACUAUGUGGCUGAAAAGUAUGUGUUCGAUUCCAUCCCUCUCCUCAUCAACUACCACCAGCACAAUGGAGGAGGCCUGGUCACACGACUUCGCUAUCCUGUUUGUUCCUGGAGGCAGAAAGCCCCCGUUACAGCUGGGCUGAGAUACGGAAAAUGGGUGAUCCAUCCCUCGGAGCUCACUUUUGUACAGGAGAUUGGCAGCGGGCAGUUCGGACUGGUGCACCUUGGCUACUGGCUCAACAAGGACAAGGUGGCCAUCAAAACCAUUCAGGAAGGAGCUAUGUCAGAAGAGGACUUCAUAGAGGAGGCUGAAGUCAUGAUGAAACUCUCUCACCCCAAACUGGUUCAGCUGUAUGGGGUGUGCCUGGAGCAGGCCCCCAUCUGCCUCGUGUUUGAGUUCAUGGAGCAUGGCUGCCUGUCAGAUUACCUGCGCAGCCAGCGGGGGCUCUUGGCUGCAGAGACCUUACUGGGAAUGUGCCUGGACGUGUGCGAGGGCAUGGCCUACCUGGAAGAGGCGUGUGUCAUCCACAGGGACCUGGCUGCCCGGAAUUGUCUAGUGGGAGAAAACCAAGUCAUCAAGGUGUCGGACUUUGGGAUGACAAGGUUUGUCCUUGAUGAUCAGUACACCAGCUCCUCGGGCACCAAGUUCCCAGUGAAGUGGGCGUCCCCGGAAGUCUUCUCCUUCAGUCGUUACAGCAGCAAGUCGGAUGUGUGGUCAUUCGGUGUGCUCAUGUGGGAAGUCUUCAGCGAAGGCAAAAUCCCAUAUGAAAACCGAAGCAACUCGGAGGUGGUGGAAGAUAUCAGUACCGGAUUUCGGUUAUACAAGCCCCGGCUGGCCUCCUCACAUAUCUACCAGAUCAUGAAUCAUUGCUGGAAAGAGAAACCUGAAGACCGGCCACCUUUCUCCAGACUCUUUAGUCAACUGGGCGAAAUUGCAGAACUGGGACUUUAA